GCAAAACUGUAUUAAAACGUAUUUCAUGAAACAUGGUAAUGUUUCAUUUCUAGUAUGCGGCAUGGAAGAAUGGCAAUUUCAAUCGAUGACUUUUCUGACUAUAAUACAGUUUUUUGUGGGCGUUGCAUUAUCGCUGCCAAUUAUGGUAAUUGUCUGUAAACAUCAAAAACAAAAGCAAAUCUACAAACCGGGACAUAUUCCUGAAUUCGAGAACCCAGAGAACGAAGAAACAGAUACCUAUUAUGGUUUAAGUAGCUCAAGAUUGUUCCCAGAUCGUGAAAAAGGUCGUGUGAAUAAAGCAGCAAUGGAAGACAAGAAGUCUGAAGGAGGGAUCGAAGGCGUGAGC